AUGAGCAAUUCCACCUCCCCUCAGCAGCCGCCAUUCUCCGUCUCGCUCCCCGGCUGGGAGAGGACUCAGGCGCCUCCAGUCCGCUCGGCGCCGCGGAGGGCGGGGCCUGGAACCUGCGCGGGCCGGGAGCUGAGGCCGAGCCCCUGCAGGUGAUUCCUGACUGCAAGAUAAGGUCUCUUACGACUUCUGUCUUCCAACUUUCCCUGUGCUGACUUCAUAGUUUCUAUACUUUCCAAUAGCAGCAGAAAAUGAACAAGUUCCGGGGACCAGUAACAUUCAAGGAUGUUACUGUGGAAUUCACCCAGGAGGAGUGGCAGUUGCUGGAUGCUGCUCAGAGGACCCUGUAUAGGGAAGUGAUGCAGGAGAACUAUCGUCACCUCAUCUCAGUGGGUUAUUGUGUGAAUAAGCCAAAUGCAGUCUUCAAGUUGAAGCAAGGAAAACAGCCAUGGAUAUUAGAAGUAGAAUUUCCACGUCAGAACUACCCUGAAGACCUAUGGAAUACUCGUGACCAAGGAGCAAGAUACCAGGAAAGCCAAGCUAAAAAUUCAAGGAAUGGAGAACUCACAAAACAUCAGAAAACUCAUACCAAUGAUAAAGCCUAUAAAUGCAAUGAAUGUGGAAAGUCCUUCUGCCAGAAGUCUGUCUUCAUAAUACAUGAGCAUACUCACUCAAAGGACAAACCCAGUGAAUGUGGGAAAUCUGUCUCUCGGAAUGGAGACCUCACAAGACAACAGAAAACUCCUACCAGAGAGAAGACCUAUGAAUGUAAAGAAUGUAAGAAAACUUUCUACCACCUGUCAUCUCUCAGUAGACAUUUGAGAACUCAUGCAGGAGAGAAACCCUACGAAUGUAAUCAGUGUGAGAAAUCCUUCUACCAGAAGCCACACCUCAUGGAACAUCAGAAAACACACACAGGAGAGAAACCCUAUGAAUGUACUGAAUGUGGAAAGUUCUUCUACGUUAAGGCAUACCUCAUGGUACAUCAGAAAACACACACAGGGGAGAAACCAUAUGAAUGUAAGGAAUGUAGGAAAUCCUUUUCCCAGAAAUCACACCUCACAGUACAUCAGAGAACACAUACAGGGGAGAAACCCUAUAAAUGUAAGGAAUGUGGGAAAUUCUUCUCUAGAAAUUCACACCUCAAAACUCAUCAGAGAACUCACACGGGAGAGAAACCCUAUGAAUGUAGGGAAUGUGGGAAAUGCUUCUACCAGAAGUCAGCCCUAACAGUACAUCAGCGAACUCACACAGGGGAGAAACCCUUUGAAUGUAAUAAAUGUGGAAAAAACUUUUACUAUAAAUCAGACCUCACUAAACAUCAGAGAAAACACACAGGGGAGAAGCCCUAUGAAUGUAAUGAAUGUGGUAAAUCUUUCUCUGUGAAUUCAGUCCUCAGAUUACAUCAAAGGACUCACACAGGAGAGAAACCCUAUGAAUGUAAAGAAUGUGGGAAAUCCUUCUCUCAGAAAUCACAUUUUGUCAUACAUCAGAGAAAACACACAGGAGAGAAACCCUAUGAAUGUCAGGAGUGUAAGGAAACUUUUUUCCAGAAAUCAAAACUCACUGCACAUCAGAAGACACACACAAAGGGAAAAGCUUAUAAAGAGUAUAAAUUGGGAAGUUCUUCUGUCUGAAUUUAUCCUUCAGAAUAAUCAGAUAAUUUACAUGAGACAAAAACCUUAUGAAAUAUCAGUAUGGGAAAAUUUCAGCCACAGUCUUUCAUCAUGGA